GCGUCCCCACCCCCUCCGCGGUGCCCCCUCUGUGCGUCCCUCCCCGUGGCCGGCCGCGGAGCCCAGCGCGGGCCUGGGGGCGGGGCGGGGGCCCGGCGCUGAGCGCGGUUCCGCCUGCGCUCGCCCACUCCCCUCAGCGCUCAGCCGUCGGAAGAGGAAGGAACAAAAGGUCCCGGGCCCCUGGCUCUGACGGGGCGGGACCUGGCGCUUGGUGCAGGGUAGAUUCACGAGGCUGUUUCCACAGUGUGGAUUGCUACUUUUGGUAAGAGCAUGUCGUCCAUCUUGCCAUUCACUCCGCCAGUGGUAAAGAGACUUCUGGGAUGGAAGAAAUCAGCUGGUGGGUCUGGAGGAGCAGGAGGAGGAGAACAGAACGGACAGGAAGAAAAGUGGUGUGAGAAAGCAGUGAAAAGCCUGGUUAAGAAGCUGAAGAAGACAGGACGGUUGGAUGAGCUUGAGAAAGCCAUCACCACGCAGAAUUGUAAUACUAAGUGUGUCACCAUACCCAGCACUUGCUCUGAAAUUUGGGGACUGAGUACAGCAAAUACGAUAGAUCAGUGGGAUACAACAGGCCUUUACAGCUUCUCUGAACAAACCAGGUCUCUUGAUGGUCGUCUUCAGGUCUCACAUCGGAAAGGGUUGCCACAUGUUAUAUAUUGCCGAUUAUGGCGCUGGCCUGAUCUUCAUAGUCAUCAUGAACUCAAGGCAAUUGAAAACUGCGAAUAUGCUUUUAAUCUGAAAAAAGAUGAAGUAUGUGUAAACCCUUACCACUACCAGAGAGUUGAGACACCAGUUUUACCUCCAGUAUUGGUUCCCCGGCACACUGAGAUUCUAACAGAACUUCCGCCUCUGGAUGACUACACUCACUCCAUUCCAGAAAACACUAAUUUCCCAGCAGGAAUUGAACCACAGAGUAAUUAUAUCCCAGAAACCCCACCACCGGGAUAUAUCAGUGAAGAUGGAGAAACAAGUGAUCAACAGUUGAACCAAAGUAUGGACACAGGCUCUCCAGCAGAAUUGUCUCCUACCACUCUCUCCCCUGUUAAUCAUAGCUUGGAUUUGCAACCAGUUACUUACUCAGAACCUGCAUUUUGGUGUUCAAUAGCAUAUUAUGAAUUAAACCAGAGGGUUGGAGAGACCUUCCAUGCAUCACAGCCCUCGCUCACUGUAGACGGCUUUACAGAUCCAUCAAACUCGGAGAGGUUCUGCUUAGGUUUACUCUCCAAUGUUAACCGAAAUGCUACGGUAGAAAUGACAAGAAGGCAUAUAGGAAGAGGAGUGCGCUUAUAUUACAUAGGUGGGGAAGUUUUUGCUGAGUGCCUAAGUGAUAGUGCAAUCUUUGUACAGAGUCCCAAUUGUAAUCAGAGAUAUGGCUGGCACCCUGCAACAGUGUGUAAAAUUCCACCAGGCUGUAACCUAAAGAUCUUCAAUAACCAAGAAUUUGCUGCUCUUCUGGCUCAGUCUGUUAAUCAGGGUUUUGAAGCCGUGUACCAGCUAACUAGAAUGUGCACCAUAAGAAUGAGUUUUGUGAAAGGGUGGGGAGCAGAGUACCGAAGGCAGACAGUAACGAGUACUCCUUGCUGGAUUGAACUUCAUCUGAAUGGACCUCUACAGUGGCUGGACAAAGUAUUAACUCAGAUGGGAUCCCCUUCAGUGCGCUGCUCAAGCAUGUCAUAAAGUUCAUCCCUAGUCGAGUUUCAUCAAAAGACAAUGUAACAACUCUUCUGUCAUAGUAUUUGUGUAUGAUUCCGUGGACUGUUGCUAUCCAAAAAUUCCAGAGAGAAAACAGCACUUGAGGUCUCAUCAGUUAAAGCACCUUGUGGAAUCUGUUUCCUAUAUUUGAAUAUUAGAUGGGAAAGUUAGUGUCUAGAAAUGCCCUCCCUAAAAGGGGGAAGAGAAGAUUUAAAAGACUUACUGAUGUCUCAUUGGGCAUAAGACUGAGUGUCCCAAAGGUUUAUUAAUAACAGUAGUAGUUAUGUGUACAGGUAAUGUAUCAAGACCCAGUAUUGCAGUAUUGUGCUGUUUAUAUACAUCUUUAGUUUGCAUAAAUGAGGUGUGUGUGUGCUGCUUCUUGAUCUAGACAAGCCUUUAUAAAGUUACAGUACCUAA